AUGGCAAUGUACAUCCAUACUAACAUCUUCCUUUUGGCUUUCUUUGCCAUUACUGUGAUUUUGUUCUCUAGUAACAUGGUUGUUGGCCGACGUUGUCAAGGUGAGCAGGAUUUGAUGUCUAAAUGUGCUGCUUUCGUUAAAAAGGAUGGUCCAAAGGCAUAUCCACAUCCAACAUGCUGCGGUGCUAUCCAGAAAGUAGACAUUCCAUGCAUAUGCAAGCAAUUGAACUCAGAGAUGGAGAAGAAGAUUGACAUGAAUAAAGUGGUCUUUGUAGCAAAGAUGUGUAACAAGCCACUGGCCCCUGGGUCUAAGUGUGGAGAUUUCAGUGUCCCACCAGUAGCGUAUAUUGGAUGA